CGGGACGCACCAUCCCCUGAAGCAGGUCCAAAGCUGUUUGUGAUUCUGCUGCUGGUCGUCAAGCAGCUCAGAGCCAAACAGACAAAUCCCCAAAGAGCAGAAGAAGAAGACGACUAAUGAGGCGCCGUCAGGGCGAGGCGGAGCUGCUCAGGUGUUUCACUCAGCAAACAUCACACAACCUGCAGCAGCUCCUCUCUGAACCGGACCGGACUGCAGAUCAGACCAUGCUGCCACUGCUUCUGUGACCCGUCUCUGUGGACUUGGAUGGACGAGCAGAACCGGACCUGAAGGCUAGACGGGUCGCUGAUUCCCAGCAGCUACAGUUCUGGUUCCAGUGGUUCCAGUAGAGAUGGGGUGUUUAGGCGGGAAGACGGACGAAGAACGACUCGACGAAAAGGCCAAAAGAGAAGCGAACAAGAAGAUUGAGAAGCAGCUGCAGAAGGAGAGACAAGCAUACAAAGCAACACACCGCCUGCUGCUGCUGGGUGCAGGAGAAUCAGGUAAAAGCACCAUCGUGAAGCAGAUGAGGAUUCUACAUGUGGACGGUUUCAACGCUGAAGAGAAGCAGCAGAAGAUCCAGGACAUCAGGAAGAACGUGAAGGACGCCAUUGUGACCAUCGUGUCGGCCAUGAGUGCGUUGACUCCGCCCGUCCCUCUGGGUAACCCUGGCAACCAGUUCAGGGUGGACUACAUCAAGAGCAUCGCUCCGCUUUCAGACUUCGAGUACACAGAGGACUUCUUCGAGCAUACCCAGAAACUGUGGGAGGACGACGGCAUCAAGGCAUGCUUUGAACGCUCCAAUGAAUACCAGCUGAUCGACUGCGCCAAGUACUUCCUGGACCGGUUGGACUCUGUCAGGAAGACGGACUACACACCUACUGACCAGGACUUGCUGCGCUGCAGGGUGCUGACAUCUGGGAUUUUUGAGACCAGGUUUCAGGUGGACAAAGUCAACUUCCAUAUGUUUGAUGUAGGAGGUCAGCGGGAUGAGCGCAGGAAGUGGAUCCAGUGCUUCAAUGAUGUGACGGCCAUCAUCUUCGUAGCGGCCAGCAGCAGCUACAACAUGGUCAUCAGGGAGGACAACUCCACCAACCGUCUCAGAGAGUCCCUGGACCUGUUCAGGUCCAUCUGGACCAACAGGUUCCUGAAGACCAUCUCUGUGAUUCUGUUCCUCAACAAACAGGACGUCCUGGCUGACAAGAUCUUGGCCGGGAAGUCCAAGCUGGAAGAUUAUUUCCCAGAGUAUACCAACUACCAGGUUCCUCCUGACUCUGUUCCAGAUGUUGGCGAAGACCCCAAAGUGACCCGAGCAAAGUUCUUCAUCAGAGACGAGUUCCUGAGGAUCAGCACAGCCAGCACUGAUGGGAAACAUUACUGCUACCCUCACUUCACCUGUGCCAUCGACACGGAGAACAUCCGCCGCGUCUUCAACGACUGUCGUGACAUCAUCCAGCGCAUGCACCUGCGUCAGUACGAGCUGCUGUGAUUGGCUUCUGGUCCUUGCCAUGGCUCCGCCCCUUCCUGUUAGACCAUCAAUGCAGACUUCAUGUUUAGAGUAGAAAGGAGGAAUUCAGAGAAUAUGUAGUGGUUAUGAUUUGAAAGGUCAGAGUUAUGCAGAGCAUUAUGGGUAGUGUAGUGUUCAGGCUGACAGAGUGCAACCAUUUUAUAUAAAUAUUUUUCCAUGUUAAGACUUUGAGUUCAGUUAUAGCCUGUUGUUGAUUGGCUGUUUUCAGAUGUCAUUUUUUAACCAAUCAGGACUUAGAGCUCAUUUAUCCAAACAGGAAGUUGAUUUGCUGAGUUUGUUUAUUAGCAUUAAAGAGGAUUUAUCAGUGCAUUGGUGACGGUUCUUCCUCAGCAUCUGAGGUCCGGAAAGGCCUGUUCUACUCAGUCAGUACAAGACCAGACAGAGUACACAAACUAGAAGUGUGAUGAUAAAUAUAAUUUCUCUGCAGACAACAAAGGCCACCAUUAAGAACCAAACCGGACCAUUUUCUAGGUUUAACUUGAACCAAAGCUGCAGAACUCAGAACCUCAGCUCAGUUUUGGACCUGAUGAAAUCAGGCUGCAGUGAGAAGGUUCGCUUGCUCUGGAAGAACAGCACUCAGAACCAGGAGGUUCUUUCAAAAUAAAAGCUCUUCUCUAAAAUCGAAGCAGUGCAUUAUGGGUCCGACUGAUGCAGAGGUUCUGGAGUCGAUGUGAGCCACGGUUUCUCUGUGGUUCUGAUCUAGAACCAAACAGUCGGAGGUUCCUCAGAUUCUGGUUCUGUCUGAGCGGGUCGGACCGUCACUUGGACUCCCACUUUAUUAGAAUGGAUCAGUUCCAAAAAUUCAAAGAUGGAAGGACAUACAUGCUGGUGCUGCUCUGUUCACAUCGAUCAAAACAAAUGGUACUAGUCAUUAUUGGUCCGUUUCCCGUGUGUCGGCCCAUCUGCUCCUCUAACUGAUAAACAGUGUAAAUAUGGGGGCGGUUUGUAAAUUUACCCA